AGAAAAAAAAGAAGAAGAAAGAAAGAAGAAUAAUGAAUUUGAGUAUUGAGAAACGAAAAGGAUAGGAAGUAAAUGAGAAAAACCUUUAGUUGUCCGUGCGCUUGUGUUAAUUUUGACGUCGAAGAAACAGCCAAAUUCUCCGCAACAAAAUCCCUUAUUUGUAUAUAAGAGAAGAAUAUAUAAGCAUAGGAUUAUAUUAUAUUAUUGUUGGGAGAUUGAUGAAUAAUAAUGAGAUCAUCAGAAAGUAAAAGUAAUAGUAAUGGUAAUGGUAAUGGUAAUUGGGGAAUGUUUGAAGAAGAAGAAGUAGAGAAAAUGGGAGGAUUCGUAAAAGGAUCAGAUUACAUAGAGGUUCAUUGUGGAUGCACAAGCAAGAAAUAUGGAGAUUUCUGUGGUAAACUUAGGGUUUCUUCUUCUGGUCAUUUUCUCAUCUUCUGUUUCUGCUCUGAUUCCUGUAAUGCCGGGAAGAUGACUCCAGAGGAGUUUGAGAAGCAUUCUCAAAGAGAGGGGAUCAAGAAAUGGAAGAGCAAUAUUUGGGUUUCACUUGAUGGACUUAAGGUUCCAUUGUGGAGAACUUGCUUGCUUAAAUACUAUAAGCAUUCUCAAAAUGAGGCCAACUGGACUUCUGGUGCUCUUCGUCGCCGCAACUUCCAUCGUGACGAGUUCAUCCGCUGCUCUCACUGCAAUAAGGAACGACGCUUUCGUCUUCGAACUAGAGAUCAAUGUCAGAUCUACCAUAAUGCAAUCACCAAUCAGAGAUGGAAGUGUGCUGAUCGUCCUUACGACAUAAUAACAUGCGAAGACGACGAGGAGCGGGAGAGUCGAAAGAGUAGUCGGGGCUGUCCAAGAUCUUCAAAAUGUCGAGGCUGCACAUCCUGUGUUUGUUUUGGAUGUCUUCGAUGCCGCUUCUUGGACUGCCAUUGCCGCGCUUGCACUGAUUAUGUGCAGAAUACAGCACCUUGAGCUUGCACUACGUAUUUGAAAUUGAAAUUUGAACAUGUGACCAGUUUUACAGUUACAGCAUACAGCAAUCCUUUUCUUUAGUAUCAGUGGAAGUUAAUUCAUAUUUUAAAUCAUGCAUGGAAUAAAAUUGGUGAAAAACUAUUCUCCACUUUUAUAUUGUAUUAUUUUCUUUUAAUAUAAGAUAAAAAUCGAACCUCUAUCUUCACGAUGGAA